UUCUUUUUCUUCUUCUUUUUCUCCGGGCUCUGGAUAACCGACCUCUACAAAAACCGCACUCAAACAUCGUUUUAAUUCAUCUCUAGUGGAGAAACACUGCGGCUCUGCUUCGAGCGCUCACUCGCUCAUAAUCCGUUCCACAUUUCUUCCAAAUUGGAGCCGUCUUCCGCCGACAUCGAGCGAAGAGGUGCAGCCGAUCCCAGGCCUCCAAUCCAGGGCGGAGGGAGGGAAGGAGGUCGCUGGGAAUCGGGAUGGAGAUCGGGGAGGGAACCGGCGGGUCCGGCGGACCGGACGGACCGGGGCUCCGGUUUGGCUGCGCCUCUUUCAACCAAGACUCCACGUCACUGGCUUUGGGAACAAAGACUGGCUACAAACUCUUUUCUCUGACCAUGGUGGAUAAACUGGACUGCAUCCAUGAGAGUGCAGAGACUCCAGAUGUCUACAUCGUGGAGCGUCUCUUCUCCAGCAGUCUGGUUGUCGUGGUGAGCACCUCCAUGCCGCAGCGAAUGAACAUCUACCACUUCAAGAAGGGGACAGAGAUCUGCAACUACAGUUAUCCCAACAACAUCCUUGCUGUCAAGCUCAAUAGACAGAGACUUGUGGUGUGCCUUGAAGAGUCCAUUUAUAUCCACAACAUCAAAGACAUGAAGCUGCUCAAGACUCUUCUCAACACUCCGUCCAACCCCUCAGGUCUCUGUGCUCUGUCUAUCAAUCAUUCCAACUCCUACCUGGCAUACCCCGGCAGUGCCACCAUUGGGGAGAUCAUAGUGUAUGAUGCCAACAAUUUGCACACAGUGACAUUGAUCCCAGCUCAUGACAGUCCUGUGGCAGCUCUCACCUUCAACACCCCGGCCACAAAACUUGCCAGUGCCUCAGAGAGAGGCACCGUUAUCCGAGUGUUCUCCAUCCCUGAGGGCCUGCGUCUGUUUGAGUUCCGCCGGGGCAUGAAGAGGUACGUCAAUAUAAGCUCUUUAUCCUUCAGCCCUGACGGCCAGUUCCUCUGUGCUUCCAGCAACACAGAGACCGUGCAUAUCUUUAAACUGGAACAACUGGGACCAAGUGGAGGGGACGAGGCUGCCACCUGGACAGCCUACAUGGGGAAGAUGUUCUCAGCAGCCAGCAGCUACCUCCCUGCACAGGUGUCUGGCAUGAUGAGCCAGGACCGAGCCUUCGCCACCGUUCACCUCGUUACGUCUGGCCAGAGGAACGUCUGCACCCUGGCAAUGAUCCAGAAGCUUCCACGGCUGCUGGUGGCCACGGCCAACGGCCACCUUUUCAUCUAUAAUGUGGAUCCACUGGACGGAGGCGAGUGCACAUUGGCCCACAAACACAGGCUCUUUGGUGUUGAUGAUGUCCAGGGUGAAAGAACAGAGUCACAGGGGUCAGAGUUCACAGGGCCAGCACAGGCCUGUCCAUCCUACGCUGCAACCGCUGCCUUACCAGCCUCUGGACCUGUCACUGCGACCCUCACUGGCUACUCUGAAGACGGUGGGGCAAAGAAAGGCGAAGUCAUUCCAGAACAUGAGUUUGCUGCUGGACCUGUAUGUCUGGACGACGAGAACGAGUUUCCUCCCAUUAAUUGGUGCCGCGACGGGACUGGAGGUGGCCAGGGGAGGCGCUCGUGAGUGGGUAGAAGGACAGAUGGACAAACAGGCACCAGCAAGUGAGACGAACAGCAAAAACAAAAGUCUUUCAGGGUGCCAAGUUAUUUUUCAUUGAGAGAGAAAAUAACAUUGAUUAACAUUAAAAUUCAAACUGACACGGGAAACAAAACACUGACCAAGAAGUAGAAGUCAAGCAGUCAUUUCAACAAGGACCAGUUUGAUCCUGUUACAUAAUAAUUAUGUUUAAGCUCCACUUGUGAUUUUAUGAAAGCACCAACAGUAACUGUGAACUUCCUCUCAGCUCACUGUUGAGUUUCAGAUCAGCUGUGAACCAGAAGGAAACGCUGCUGUUGGUCGCUUUAAAAAAAAAAUCAGGAAGUGGUGUGUUUUAUGAAAAUAUGAGGUGCAUGCUGGAGCAGAAAUAUAACCACAAUUUUCAUAGCUUUAUUACUUGACAAAUAUUUUGUUAAGUUGCAUUAUUGUAGCAACAUUUUUAUUUUUCUCAUCAAUAAUAUCUUAUAUUACAAAUAGUUUUUGUUUUAUUCUGUAUUUUAUUUACUGCAUUAACAUGUAUUAAAUGUGUCUGUGUUUGCCUCCUGGACACAUGUCAGGAGGUGUGUACGUACUGUAUGAUUGUGCUUAUUAUCAUUUGUAAAAGAGUAAAAGUAUUUUGCUAAUUGCACAAAACCAAAAUAAGUCAAAGAAACAGAAAUAAACAGAGUGGAGGAAGUAUGA